AUGUCAUCGCAUAUAAAAUGUUUGAGCAAAAGAAAACUCGAUAACAAAGUAGUGCUAAUAACUGGCGGUAACUCCGGUAUCGGCAAAGAAACGGCAUAUCAACUGUCAUUACGUGGCGCUCAAAUUAUCAUUGGUUGUCGUAAUAUAACUAAAGGAAAUGAAGCCAUCAAUGACAUCAAAAGUAAGAAUCCAAAGGCAAACAUUCGAGUCUUUCAAUUAGAUUUGGGAUCACUUUUAUCGGUCCGAAAGUUUGCCCAAACUGUGGCCCAACACGAGUCCACUAUUGAUAUCCUUAUAAACAAUGCCGGAGUUGUGUCGUACGUUGAGUUGCAAACUGAAGAUGGCUUUGAAUUACAGUUUGGGACCAAUCACUUGGGUCAUUUUUUGUUGACACACUUAUUAUUGCCAUUAUUGAAAAAUUCACAAAAAGCUAAAGUUAUUAAUGUUUCUUCAAAAGCUCAUAAAACUGGAAAAAUUCAUUUUGAAAAUAUAAAUCUAAGGAACGGUAUAUUUACGCCAUUGAAAGCCUACUCUCAAAGCAAAUUAGCUAAUGUUUUGUUUACACGAGAAAUGACCCGAAGAUUAGGUCCAAAAAGUUCAAUCACUACAUACUGUUUACAUCCCGGCAUAGUUAGGACAGAUUUAAACCGUCACUUUCCGUUACAGUUUGCGAUCAAUAUAUUUAUUAAUAUGUUUUAUCUGGACAUUGAAUCAGGUGUUCAAACCACACUUUAUUGUGCACUCGACCCAAGUCUUGAUAAUGAAUCUGCAUUUUAUUACGAGUUAGUAUAA